AUGGAUCAACUUGCUGAUUUCCUGCUCAGUGCGCACUGGCAGCAAACGGGCCAGAACACGUACUUUUGCGAUGAUCCGGGAUUGGACACUAUCAGGAUAAAAGUUGCCGAGCAACUCCCUUCCCAGUUGAAGGGUUGCGGGCUGCAGGCGUGGAAAAUUAAGGGAACAAUAAAGAUGGUCGAGCCAAAGGGAUUUAUUCAAUCAGUGUCGGGAGAAGGCGCUAUUGUUGGCGGCCAGAGCUCGUUUUAUUUCAUUUUGGCCAUUCCAAAUCAUCCAAUUUCCACAUAA